AUGAAGGGCGCCUUUGUUGUUGGCGCCAUCGCCAUUGGCGCGGCCAAUGCUACGCAUUACCCCAACUGCGAGCAGGACAACUGCUACCGCAACCUGAUCGAUGAACGCUUCAGCGCCGAAGCCACUGGCGCCUGCUUCAGCUGGCUCGCCGGCACCACUACAGCCAACGCGGCUAUCCCCACAGACUACGCUAACUGCCCCGACUACAACGCUUUCAGCUCUGCCUGCUCUUGCGUCACUUACACGGCCACACACACUGACGGCGGCGCUGCUCCUACUUCCCAGCCUGCCUACCCUACUCCUCCCGCCGCCGGCUCCUCAAGCAACGCCUAUCCCGUUCCCCCGGCCAGCACACCCACGAACGCUUACCCCGUUCCUCCCGCCGGCUCUUCGAACGCUUACCCCGUUCCCCCGGCUCAGACUACUCCCGUUGUCUAUCCUACUCCUCCUUCUCAGCCUGGUAAGCCUGGCAAGCCUGGCAACGGUGGUGAUGAGGACUGCGAUGAGACCACGACUCACGGCGGCAAGCCCCAGUCUACUCCCAGCUACCCCGGAAACCCCGGCCACCCGGGAGGUCCUGGCGGUCCCGGCAAGCCUCACUCCAGCAGCGAGGACUGCGAAGAGACCAAGACUCACCCCGGCAAGCCUCACUCAACUCCCAGCUACCCCGGAAACCCUGGCCAUCCCGGCCACCCCGGUCACUCCGAGACUGCUCCCGGAUAUCCUGUUCCUCCUGCUUCAACCUCUGGUGGCCAGCUUCCUGUCACCACCGGCCCUGCUGCUUCCGAGACUGUGAUCGUCCCUACUGGCCCUGCCGGCACUGACACCGUUGUCGUUCCUACCGGACCUGCUGAGACCGAGACCUCUCCUGUCUACCCUACUCCUCCGGCUGAGACCUCCGGCGGUUCUUCUCCCGUCACCACCGGCCCUGCCGGCACUGAGACCGCCCCCGCUGGUACUGAGACUGCUCCUGCUGGCACCGAGACUGCUGUUAUCCCUACUGGCCCUGCCGGUACCGAGACUGCUCCCGCUGGUACUGAGACCGCUCCUGCUGGCACCGAGACUGGCGUUGUUCCCACCGGCCCUGCUACUGAGACCAUCCCCGUCUACCCCACUCCUCCGGCUGAGACCUCCGGCGGUUCUUCUCCUGUGACCACCGGCCCUGCUGGUACCGAGACUGCUGUUGUCCCUACCGGUCCCGCCGGCACUGAGACUGCUCCUGCCGGCACUGAGACUGCCCCUGCUGGUACCGAGACCGCUCCCGCUGGCACUGAGACUGGCGUUGUUCCCACUGGCCCUGCUACUGAGACCAUCCCCGUCUACCCUACUCCUCCCGCCGAGACCUCCGGUGGUCAGCUUCCCGUCACCACCGGCCCUGCUGGCACCGAGACUGCUCCCGCUGGUACUGAGACUGGUGUUGCUCCUACUGGCCCUGCUGGUACUGAGACUGCUCCCGUUGGCACCGAGACUGGUGUUGCCCCUACUGGCCCUGCUGAGACCGAGACUAUCCCCGUCUACCCCACUCCUCCGGCUGAGACCUCCGGCGGCUCUUCUCCCGUCACCACCGGCCCUGCUGGCGCUGGCACCACCGGUGCUCCUCAGUACAGCACCUCUACCAUCUUCACCACCACGGUCCGCACCAUCACUCAGUGCCCUCCUGAGGUUACCAACUGCCCCGCUGGUCCCAAGACUGUGACUGACACCAUUGCCAUCUCCACCACCAUCUGCCCUGUUACUGCCAGCGAGGGAGAGCACCCUAAGACUUCCACCGCGAUUGUCUACCCCACCCCCCCUGCCAACUCUGGUUCCGGCUCUUCUCCUUCCGGCCCUGCUGGCGGUGCUCCCCCUGCUCAGAGCUCUGUAUCUGGAUCUUCUCCUUCCGGCCCUGCUGGUGGUGCUCCCCCUGCCGGCUCUGGUUACCCCACUGGUCCUGCUGGCGGUGCUCCUCCUGCUCAGACCUCCGGCGGCUCUUCUCCUGUCACCACUGGCGCUCCUCAGUACAGCACCUCCACUAUCUACACCACCACGGUCCGCACCAUCACUCAGUGCCCUCCUGAGGUCACUAACUGCCCGACUCGCCCCAAGACUGUGACUGACACCAUUGCCAUCUCCACCACCAUCUGCCCCGUCACCGCCACUGAGAAGACUCCCGGCCAGCCUGGCGGCCCUGCUUACACUGCUCCUGGUGGCCCCGUCUACACUGCUCCUGGUGCCGAGCCUACCACCACCACCACCGCUACCUCCUACAUCACCCAGACCUUCACCGUCACCCGAUGCCCUCCCGGAACUCCCAACUGCCCCGUUGGCAGCGUCACCACCACGGUCUACCCCAACGGCCCCAACGGUCCUUCUGAGAUCCCUACUCUUGUUUCUCAGACCGUGCCCGCCUACACUCCUCCCGCUGGUACUCCUCCCGCUGUCAGCCCCGUUGCUCCUAGCGCUCCUGCUGUCCCCAGCGCUCCCGCCAGCGUUCCCCCGGUUGUCAUCGCUCCUCCUCCCGCGUCUUCUGCCGCUGCUGUCACCCCUGUGGUUCCUCCUUAUGCUCCUCCCGUUGGAACUGCUCCCGUUGUUCCUCCUCCCGUUGGAACCGCCCCGGCCGGAUCCCCGGUGUACACUGCUCCGGCUAACCCCCCUGCUCCUGUCGGCACCAACCCUGCUGGUGCCCCUGGUGGCAACCCCGGCUCAGGCAUUCCCCCUCCUGGCAACAGUGCUGGCCGUGUUGGUGGCAGCCUCUUUGCUGCCAUCGCUGCCGCUGCAGUCUUCCUUUUGUAA